AUGACCUCAUUUCGAGCUGCGGCAGGCGCGGGAGCGUGCGCGCUGCGGGGCGGACGCCCGGCCGGGCCCCGCUCGCCCCGCGCCGCCGCCGGCCGCCCUCCGCGGGCCGCGGCCCCGCCAUGGCGGCCGGCACGGCACGGCCGGGGGCUGGGCGCCACCCCGCCGCAGCCCCGCACCGGCGCCCCCGCCCCGCGGCCUCUCCAGAACAUUCGCGGCGCCCCCGGCCCGCCGGAGGCGGCUCCACAGGCCCCGGCCGCGGAGGCCGAACCGCGGCCGCUCGGGCACCGCGGCCGAGGGGCCCCCGGCCGCCCCCGCUCCCCGCCGCCGCCCCCGCACACCCCCGGGCCUGAGACCCCCGCAGCCCCCUCACCUUGGCUGAAGAACCGCACGGCCUCCGCGACGCAGCAGCACCGGGACGCUGGAGCAACUGGCGCGCCGCCCCCGCGCCGCCCUUAUAUAGAGGCGGGCCCGCCCAGCGCGCGGCGCCUUUUCGAGAAGCCUCCCGAACCUUCCGGAAGAACCCUCCCCAACCGCCACCGCGGCCACGCGCCUGCGCCUGCGCCCUGGCUGUGGCCCGCCCCUGCCCCGGGCUCGCGCACGACCCCGCGCAGGGAACGGCGGGCGCCCCCCGCCCGCCCGCGCCGCCGCGCGCCCUCGCGCCGGCCCCUGUGCGCCUGCGCGGGCUCGGCGCCUUCCGGGCUCCUAAGCCCGCCAAGCGCGGGCGCGAGCGCGGGCGCGUGCUGUGAAAUGUGCAAAAAAUGGCCCGUGGGUUAUGACAGCUCGGGGCCGCUCCCAACGAGUCGCCCGCGCAAGGUGCAGCGGCCUGGGGUGCAGGCCGCGCCAGCUUUCGGUCGCCGGGCCGGGUCGUCCGCUGUGUCUGGGGACUGGGUUUUGGAGUCGUGCUGCGGGCCUGCGGCGGCGGUUACGGGUCGAGGGCUGCGUUCCGGCGCCUGGGCUUCCGCAGAGGUGCGGCCCGAGGCCGGGCGUGAGGAGGGCGAGGGCCGCGGAAGCCCCCCGGGCCGGCUCCCCGAUGCCACGGCCUCCCCGUGCCCAGGUGCUGAACCACGCUCGCCCGGCCGCCGCCGCCGCCGGGGUUCCGGGAAACCCGAAAACCCGCUCUUCCAGGAGAAGGUUGGAGAGCGCUUGGGAGCGUGA